GCUUAGCUCCUAGAGACUCAGAAAGCGCCGAGAGAAGCAAGAUGGCGGACGUGCUGGAUCUUCACGAGGCGGGGGGCGAAGAUUUCGCCAUGGAUGAGGAUGGGGACGAAAGCAUCCACAAACUAAAAGAAAAAGCGAAGAAACGGAAGGGCCGCGGCUUUGGCUCCGAAGAGGGGUCCCGAGCGCGGAUGCGGGAGGAUUACGACAGUGUGGAGCAGGACGGCGAUGAACCUGGACCACAGCGCUCUGUUGAAGGUUGGAUUCUCUUUGUCACUGGAGUCCACGAAGAAGCCACUGAAGAAGAUAUCCAUGACAAAUUCGCUGAAUAUGGGGAAAUAAAAAAUAUCCACCUUAAUUUGGACAGGCGCACGGGAUACUUGAAGGGGUAUACUCUAGUUGAAUAUGAAACAUACAAAGAGGCUCAGGCUGCCAUGGAAGGACUAAAUGGUCAAGAUUUGAUGGGACAGCCAAUCAGUGUUGACUGGUGUUUUGUUCGUGGACCGCCAAAGGGCAAGAGGAGAGGAGGCCGAAGACGAAGCAGGAGUCCGGACCGGAGACGCCGUUGAUAAAUCCUCUGUUGACUGGGUGGUCUCUCUACAAGUCCAUUUGGUUAUGCUGCCUUGGAUAAACAGGGCUAGGAUGGACCUUGUGUUUAUAUUUAAUUUCUUACCCUAUCUACUUAGCAUUGCUUUUGAGUUUUAGAAAAAAAUAAAUGUUCCAUUUUGUUUUCUA